CUAUUGAACAAUGAGAGAACUCUUUAAGUAUGGGAAAAAAGUAUGUGUGAAAGAAUAUGAACAUAUCAAAAUAUAAGUUCAAAUCUUUUUAAUUCAUAAAUAAAAUUCACACUCAUUAUCCAUCAAUGUUUGUUUAUAAACAAGUACUCUUCCAUCCCUAAAAACAUGGGAAGGUUUUGAUUUUUGAAAAAUAUAAGAGCAGUUUAUUUUGGUGUUGAGACUGUUGACUUUUCAAAAUGUUUUUCGAUAUGACAGGUAAAAGUAGAAUUUGAUGGGUAGAUUAAUAGUGAAUAGAUAUGAUGUGAUAGUUAGGUUAAAAAUUACGGAGUAGUAGAAGUAAAAGUGACCUUUUAAUAAAAAUGAGAAAAUAUUUUUGAAGCAUAUGAAAAAAAGAAAUGAGAAAAGGCAAUAUUGAUUUGUACUCGUAUUAAACAACAUCAAUAUUUCCCAUUUUGAGACUUUGGGUCCAAUAUUGCCCAAAUGAGUAUCCAUGGGAUCCAAUUUUAACCAAAUUUCACCCAAAAUAAUUCAUGUGUAUUUUAUCAUUUUUAAGGCCAAAAUAGAGUCUUUUUAACUAUAAAAGUAUUUAUAGUAUAAAAAACUAAGAUUUGUGUAAUUUUAUUAUAAACAAGUAUUUUUUUUAUAUAUAAAAAGUAUUUAAAAACAAUUCUAACACCAAAAAAAAAUAAAAAAAUAAAAUACCAAAGUGGCCGAAAUCAAAUGACAUGCUUCUGGAGCCGCAGAUGCUGUGAGUGGCCAUCCUCUUCCCUGUUCGGCACUGCAAACUAUUCAUCUUCUCGAUUUAGAUCCUCAAAACAUAUCGUUUGGCCGAUGAUAGAGACAUCGUAAUUCAUUCACGCCAACCGCACACUGAAUUUCCAACAAAUUCAAAGGGAAAACUUAUUAGGAGAGGAAAUAAACAUCAAUCGACAUUGUUUCGGUAGCACAUCAUGUGUGUGGCCGAAGUUGCGUUUGUUAGGCAUCGCAAGUCCUCCGCCUCUGAAAUAAGAUCCGGAAAGCAAAGCGGGCAUAAGAUAAUAUUAAUAGUGGGGCCUCUAGGAAUUCGACGUGUUUCUACCCUAGAGAUUUCCGUCUACAAAGAAGGUGAAUCGUCAAUUACAGCAUGUCAUUCCAUUCUCCUCCUCCAAUGGCGUCUUCUACCUCUGGAUUUAUCGCCGGUGUUCUGUUCAUCCUCGUCCUCAACGGAUCAUGAUCUCCGCGUGGAGAGCCGUCGCAGUCCACGAAUUUUUCCAGUUGAUAAUUCAUCAAUGGAUAUCAAUCCAAGUGGAGAAAACUUCAAUUUGACGCCAUCUCCGUCUAUUGAUCUCUCCAAUUUCAUAGAUCCGCCGAGCGCCGCCGCCCCUAUUGACUUUGAUAUGGCGGCCACCUUUCCUCCGGCGCUUCAGAAACACGCCAGUGAUUCAAUUGCCCCUUCAUAUUCGCCGCCAACAAUGAUGUAUUUUCCUCCAGAGGUUCAACAGGCGUUCGGCGCAUGGACGGACACAUCAACAGCUCCAUAUUUCUCUCCGGUUACUGAAUUCGAACCGCCGGUGCUGGAGUUUUCUGAAAACGACAAUCCGACGCUAUCUCCACAAUCUCGCCGUCGAUUUGAAUCCGAGGCACCCGGAGGUCUCUUCCCCUACGCACUCCACCAGGCUCAGAUCCGUGGAUCACCGUUGAUGCCAGAGCGCAUCCCUAAGGAAACUUCCGUCUCAAAAGAUCCUCACUUAUGGACUUUUCAUCUGUCCAAUUCAGGUCAUGUUCAUUGUCUUGUGCUCCAUGAAAUGCAAAAUCAGAUUCAUCAUCAUUAUCGAAUGCAAAACUGUAAUUCUUGCAUUUGAUUUUGUCUUCAAUUAAAUCCGUUUUAUCACUUCAAUAUCAUUGCCAAUCUGAUUUUAUCUUCAUCAGAUUUCAUCACAGAUUGAAUAAAAUUCAGAACAUAUUCUUCAUUUGAGUUUGUCAUCUCCAUUCCAUUUUCAUCACAGUUGAUCCAUAUUGAUCCUCUGUUCAUUGUGUUGGUUCUCAAAUUGAGUAUCCAACUUCAUUUUCAUUCUCAUGAUUGGAAUGUUUAGUUUCAGUCAUUCUUUCACUUCUGUAAAUUCAGAAGUUUCAUCAUGAUCAAUUUCACUCAAUCGGUUUGAUUGAGUUUCACUCGUAUCGUUUUGGUCGAGUUUCACUUUCAUCAUCAUCCGAUUUUUGGUUGAUUUCAUCAAUUGCUUUUGUCAAUUGAUUUCAUUUCAUCCUUUGAUGUUUCGUGUGAAUUCAUCAAUUGAUUUGUCAUCUCAACUUCAUCAUCGGCUUUGUAUGGUUCGCUUUUCUGUUCAUUUUGGAGAACCAUUGCAGCCAUCACUAGUUCAUCACUAGUUCAUCACUAUUUCAUCACUAGUUCAUCCAGAUGCAGAGGUGCUGAUAUUCUGGUUUUCAACACUGCUCAUUGGUGGUCUCAUCACAAAACCAAAGCAGGGAUGUAUUAUUACCAGGAAGGGGAUCAAGUUCAUGGGCACUCUGAUGUUUCUUGUGCUGCCAAGCCUGAGACUGUGGACAAAGUUUUCUCCAUUGUUAAGAAGCAGCUUGCACUGGCAGACAGUGUCUCUGUCUCCGGUGAAUCCAAGUUCAUUGAUCUCGGAGCUGAUUCUCUUGACACGGUUGAAAUUGUGAUGGGGCUUGAGGCAUUUGGGGUAACUUUGAGGAAAAUUCAGAUUAUGGUGGUCUCCAAGGUUUUAAGAAAGUGAGAAACAUCGAGCAGAAGCAAAGAUCCUAAACCAGAAGCUUGCUGUUUUGGUCAAUGGGUUUUCAUCCAUAUACACAUUAAAGUCAACACAGAUUUGAUUCAGUUGCAAGUUGAAGUUGUUCCCACCUUCAACUUGAGGGGGGGUGUUGGUGUAAUCAACCAUUUAGCAUUUGAUUAGUUGAUUAGUUACACAGUUUGUUAGUUUGUUAGGAAGAUAUUUUUGGUUGUUACUUGUUUUUCAUUUUCUAUAUAUAGAACUUAACCAUGUAAUACACAAUUUGAGCUAGUUAAUACAAUUUGAUGCUUUCA